CGAACUAACACUGUUUAGUUGUGUUUCUAUACUCAUCCAGUUUGAACAAAUAUUUUAUAGAAAAUAAUUAAUUUUUUAAACUCACGUUUGUGAAUUAUUUAUAAUAAAAUAUGCUUUCGUCGUGCUUUGGAUUGCCUUUGCGAACAGGAACAAAUAUUAUCGCGAUUAUUAAUUUGAUCGCAUCGAUUUGUUAUAUUUGUUAUUACAUUUGGGACUAUACUUUUAGUCACUCAACGGUAAGCAAAAGUUUGGAAUUCAAUGAAAUUGAUCAGUUAUUUGAAGCUACAGACAAAAUGGUUUUGAAUUACAUCACAUUAGUUUUUAUGCUCGUUGGAUUUUCUUCACUGUUCGCAAGUUUUGGCUUGAAACAAGCAACAUUGAAUAAUGCUACACACAAGAUUUAUCUGUGGCUUUUGAUUGGUUAUGUCCAACUUGGUACAGUUUUCACCAUUGAAAUUGUUGUACUUAUGAAACAUUCAAAUUUCGUCAAACAUCAUAUAUUUGGAUUGAUCGUAUACUUUGCGCUUUUGGACGCUAUUUUAGUAUACCAGCUGUUAGUAGUACAGUCAUUCUAUAAAGAAGAGAAAUUAAUUGAAGAGACCAAUUACUCUAGACUGCGUUCGGACUUAACAUCACAAAUUGAAGAACAAGAUGAAGAAGAGUUUCAAAAUGUAGAUCUUUAAUAUAUCUUUAAUCUUUGUAUUAUUCUUGUUUAUUUUUACGUAAGUAUACCUAUCUAGUAUGUACAUUUAUAAUGGGCACAUUAUGUUAUUAUUAUUAAAUUGAUGUUUUUGUAAAAUAUUUAAUUGACUAAUAAGGUAUAGUCUACAUACUAAGCUUUUAAAUGUUGUUAUAUGUAAACAAAUCAUUUUUAACUUCUUCUAAAACCAAUAUAAGUAAUACAAGAUUUUACUGCUAAGCGUAGAUGAUGAGCAAAUCCAAUUUGAUUCAAUUUUAACUUUAGAAAUUAUGUUAAUACAUCACAUGUAUAUAAUAGUAUUUAGUUGAUACAGCCAAUACACGCAUAGUUAUGUUAAUUUCAAUUUUAACCCUUCAUUAAAAAAAAAAAACUAUAUUUUUUAAAGCUAUACAUAAUUAUAAGUUAUAACCAUUUAAAAAUGAAAUAAUUUGUAAAACUAUAUGUUUGUAGGUAAUUAUUAUACAUUAAAUUACAUAUUAUGUAAAAAAAAACUCCAUGGACGUACUCACAGGAUGGAAGGUUAAUCCUCCUCCAUAGAAAAUUCCUGAGAACGCCCCUGAACAACUCCCAUUUUUAUAAUUUCAAUGUAUUACAAAAAGAUUUUGUGUAUGAAAAAUUUAAAAUUUUGUUUGUAAUCAAUAAUUUACGAACUCGUUACUAUUUUAAUCAAAACUUAAAAUUUAAUUACCCUGUUCUUGUAUCUAUUAGUAAUCCAUUUAUUUAAUUAAUUAUGUUAUUAAUUAGUUUAAUUCUUUAUUUAUUUUAUUGUAUCUUGUGACUUGUUUUAUUACAUUCAUCAAAUAUUUAUGUAAACUAACCAAAAUUAUAUCGUAUAUGCAAUAAAAAAACAACAUUAUUAAGAA